CACAAAGACAAACCACUACUACUGUGCGUGGCUUGUUAUUGUUGGGUGUUAUUAUUUAUAUGGUUUAUUAUUAUACCAGUCCGGUUAUUACAACAUUCCCGAUUUACUUACAUUAACUUUUGAAAUCGUGAUUUAGCUGAACUGUAUAGACUGCGAAAAGCAGUCUGUGCGGCAAUCAAUGCCGUCAAUAGACGUAAUGGCCCCUCCGGGGCAAGGGCCGGAACCCGCGCCAGAAGAACCUCCGCCGCCGCCUCCACCAGUUAUAGGAAUUAUUUAUCCUCCGCCAGAAGUAAGGAACAUUGUCGACAAAACUGCCAGCUUCGUAGCCCGCAACGGCCCUGAAUUCGAAGCUCGUAUCCGUCAGAAUGAACUCGGAAACCCAAAGUUCAACUUCUUGAACUCCGGAGAUCCCUAUCAUGCCUACUACCAGCAUAAGGUCAAAGAAAUCAGGGAAGGAAAAGGUACAGAGCCGACCCCCGCCCCAGCAGCCCCCGCAGUGCAGCGUCCAGGUCUAGCGCCCGCCACCGCCGCGCGGCAGCAGGAGCUGCUCAAAGCCGCCGUCCCCGCCGAGCCCCCGCCACCCCGCGACCCGCCACCAGAUUUCGAGUUCAUCGCAGACCCCCCAUCCAUCUCCGCAUUAGAACUCGACAUAGUCAAACUCACAGCGCAGUUCGUAGCAAGGAACGGACGUCAGUUCCUCACAGAUUUGAUGAAGAAGGAGGAACGCAAUCAUCAGUUCGACUUCCUUCGCCCCCAGCAUUCGCUGUUUCAGUACUUCACGCGCCUUCUGGAACAGUACACUAAAGUGCUUUUGCCUCCAAAAGAGUUGGUUGCGAAACUGUCAUCUGAAGUGAGGAAUGGUGUUUUGGAUCAGGCUCGCAGUCGCGCCGCCUGGCAUUCGUAUCAGGCGCGUCGUAAAGUAGCCGAUGAGGCCAGGAUUGAGAAGGAGCGGCUGGCGUACGCCUCCAUCGACUGGCACGACUUUGUUGUUGUUGAAACUGUUGAUUAUCCAGCUGGUGAACUGGGUGAUUUCCCACCACCAACAACUCCGUUAGAAGUUGGGGCUCGUGUGUUGGCACAGGAACGUGGGGACGAUGGAGGUCAGGGUCAAGAUGAUGAUGACACUGAGAUGCAGAUUGAGUCGGAGACUGAGUCAGAAUCGGACGAUGAUUUGGAUGAAAUGGAGGACCGGACACAGCAGCAACAGCGGCCGGAUGACAAUCGCGUGCAGGACAUGGAAGAAGAGAGCUCGUCUUCUGAAGAUGAAGGUCCACCGGAGCCGCCGCCGCGUCCGGCCGGUGAAGAAGCCCCGCUCCCGCCCCGCCCAGACCGGGUCGUCGUCAAGAAGUACGACCCCAAACGGGACCGGCCGCAGCCCACGCCGGCCAGCGAGGAGUGGCUGGUGUCGCCCAUCACCGGGGAGAAGAUCCCCGCCAACAAAGUGGCGGACCACGUCCGCAUUGGCCUGCUGGACCCGCGCUGGCUGGAGCAGAGGGACCGCGCGGCCGCCGAGAGGACGGACCGGGACGAGGCGCUGGCCCCGGGAGCGGCCAUUGAGGCUUCUCUUAAACAGCUCGCUGAGCGCCGUACGGACAUCUUCGGCGUGGGCGACGAGGAGACGGCGAUCGGUAAGAAGAUCGGCGAGGAGGAGAAGCGGCGCGACGACCGCGUCACGUGGGACGGGCACACCUCCAGCGUGGAGGCCGCCACUAGGGCUGCGCGUGCGCACAUCACGCUCGAGGAUCAGAUACAGCAGAUACACAAGGUGAAAGGCCUUCUCCCCGACGAGGAGAAGGAGAAGAUCGGCCCCAAGCCGGUGCCGGGCGCCGCCCGGGCUCCGCCGCCGCCGCGGGGCGCCGCGCCGCGCCCGCUGCCGCCGGUGCUGCUGCCGCCGCUGCCGCCGCUCAUGGUGCUGCCGCCGCUCGCGCCGCGCCCGCCGCUCAUACCCACGCCCGCGUUCGGAUUCCCUGCGGCGCCCCCGCUGCCGCCCGCGGAGGAGGAGGAGGCGCCGCCCGCCAAGCGCGUGCGCAGCGAGGACGCGCUGGAGCCCGAGCCCGCCUGGCUGGCGCGCCACGCCGGCGCCGUGCAUCUGCAGGUGGUGUUGCCCGCUCAACCGGAGCGCUCCGAGUGGCGGCUGGACGGCCGGGCGCUGGCCUUCAGCGUCCCGCUGAACACCUCCGUGGGGGAGCUGAAGAACAUGCUGCAGAGGGCUACCAACAUGCCCACUGCCAAGCAGAAGCUGCAGUACGAGGGUCUCUUCUUCAAAGACACCAACAGCUUGGCGUACUACAAUGUGCCGCCUGGCGCCGUCAUACAGCUGCAAGUUAAGGAGAGAGGUGGUCGCAAGAAGUAGACAGACAAACAAACAGGUCGCGCGUUUUACAGUAUAUAUUUUAAGCCAACAGUAUACACUAACCUUUAUGUCGUAUGUACCUACCAAUGUUGGUUUCUUGUCAAGAAUUAGAAGUGCUAUUCAAUAUAAUUAACGAUAUGA